AUGAACGAGGGACGACUAUUGAGUAAGAUUCUGAACAAGUGUUCGAAGCGUCAUUUGCUUGAUCAGGGAAAGCAAGCACAUGGUGUUGCGGAGAAACUAGGGUUUGGGCGUGAUUUGGUUUUGAACAAUGAUCUUAUAAAUAUGUACGCAAAAUGUGGUACCGCGGAUUUAGCUUGUUUAGUGUUUGGUCGAAUGCCUCAGAGAAAUGUAGUUUCUUGGACGGCUCUUAUGUGUGGGCAUCUGCAAAAUGGUGAUGUCAAAGCCUCUUUAGUUUUGUUUUCUAAAAUGGGUCGUUCAGAUAUUAGGCCAAAUGAGUUCACACUUUCCACGAGUCUAAAAGCAUCUGGGAUUUUGGGAAUCGCUCAGAAUGGAAUGCAGAUACAUUGUGUUUGUGCAAAAUCUAAUUUUGAUUGGGUACCUGUUGUGGGCAAUUCUAUGAUGGACAUGUACUUCAAGUGUGGUAUGGUUCGUGAGGCAGCGCAAGUAUUCAACACUUUGCCGGUGAGAAAUGUUAUAAGUUGGAAUGUAAUGAUUGCUGGGUACUGCAACAAUGGAAAUGGUGAAGAGGCUUUGAAUUUAUUUCGGGAAAUGCGAGCGGUGGGGGAAGUUCCUGAUGGAUAUACAUAUUCUAGUUCGUUGAAGGCGUGCAAUUGUGCUGGUGCAGUGGGAGAAGGAAUGCAAACCCAUGCUGUGUUAAUUAGACAUGGAUUUCCUUACUUGGCUGAAUCAGCUGUUGCAGGUGCUCUGGUUGACCUAUAUGUCAAAUGCAGGCGCAUGAUUGAGGCUAGGAGGGUGUUCGAUCGAAUUGAGAAGAGUGUGAUGUCUUGGAGCACUCUAAUUCUUGGUUAUGCACAUGAAGAUAAUUUGACAGAAGCCAUGGAAUUGUUUAGGGAGUUGCGAGAGAGCAGACAUAGAAUGGAUAGGUUUGUACUCUCAAGUCUCAUAGGGGUAUUUGCUGAUUUUGCUCUUGCAGAGCAGGGGAAGCAAAUGCAUGCUUAUACCAUCAAAGUGCCGUAUGGUUUAUUGGAAAUGUCUGUUGCUAAUUCAGUUUUGGACAUGUACAUGAAAUGCGGACUAACAAAUGAGGCAGAUGCACUUUUCAAAGAGAUGCUAGCAAGAAAUGUGGUUUCAUGGACCGUUAUGAUCACUGGUUAUGGGAAGCACGGUAUUGGGAAUAAGGCAAUUGAACUCUUUAACCAAAUGCAAUUGAACGGAAUUGAACCUGAUAGUGUAACUUACUUGGCUGUGCUCUCAGCUUGCAGCCAUUCUGGACUCAUCGAGGAAGGUAAAAGAUACUUCUCUAGUUUAUGUAGCAGUCAGCAAAUCCAACCGCAAGUAGAGCAUUAUGCUUGCAUGGUUGAUCUCCUUGGACGAGGUGGACUUUUAAAGGACGCAAAGGAUCUCAUUGAGAAAAUGCCCCUAAAGCCGAAUGUGGGCAUAUGGCAAACAUUACUUAGUGUUUGUAGAAUGCAUGUAGAUGUGGAAAUGGGGAAACAAGUGGGAGAAAUACUUUUGAGAUUGGAUGGUAAUAAUCCAGCCAACUAUGUGAUGAUGUCAAACAUGUAUGCUGAUGGAGGGUAUUGGAAAGAGAGUGAGAAACUAAGAGAAACUGCGAAGAGAAAGGGAUUGAAGAAAGAAGCAGGACGCAGCUGGGUAGAGAUAGACAAGGAAAUCCACAUUUUCUACAAUGGAGAUGGAAUGCAUCCUCUCAUAGGGGAAAUUCAUAAAGUGUUAAAAGAAGUGGAGAAGAGGGUGAAGGAUGAAAUGGGGUAUGUUCAUAGUGUAAAUUUUGCAUUGCAUGAUGUUGAAGAGGAGUCAAAGGUGGAAAGUUUGAGGGUUCAUAGCGAGAAAUUGGCUAUUGGAUUGGUUUUGGUUAGACGUGGACUAAAAGGAGAAAGUGUGAUUAGGAUUUUCAAGAACUUGAGGGUUUGUGGGGAUUGUCAUGCAUUCAUCAAGGGUUUGUCAAAGGUUUUGAAGAUUGUUUUUGUGGUGAGAGAUACAAAUAGGUUUCACAGAUUUGAGAACGGCUUUUGUUCGUGUGGAGAUUACUGGUGA